AUGGAUUUAGAUAGUAAUGCUUACUAUAAGCUUUGUUCGCCUGAUCCUGAUCGUGAUGAUAGAUAUAAUAAGAUAAUAAAAGCAAUACACCUUUUACAACAUAAAUAUGAUAAUGAAACACCAGAAAUGUGGUGCUCUCGUAUCCGUGGUCCAUUUAGAAAAAUACUUGAAGAGAACCCAGAAAUAUUUUCUAAGAAUGGAUAUAUUCGCAUGUAUGCAAAGUUUUAUGAAGAUGGUAAAGGGUUCCAUCCUAGCGGAAAUCUAACAAAUUAUAUAUAUUGUAGUGUGUGUGACUCCCUAGUAUUCAUCCCUGAAAGGCUUAUAGGCGAAUUUCUCUAUCGAGAUGGCCACUUGAAGAGAUGUAUUGUUAGCAAAGCUAACCCAAUCGAACAUGCAAGAAAAAAAGAAAUUCUUCAAUCUAUUGAUAGAAGGGAAUUUAAUAUCUGGCAAUAUAAACAGUAUAUAUUACAAGAAGAGGCUGAAAUGAAGCGUCUUCAGCUAGAGCUUUCAUCCCAAUCUCUUUCACACUCAGAGAAGGAUAAAUUGGCAUCGAUAUCAUAUGAUUUUGAUUCUCGUACAAUUGGCUAUGAAACAUAUAAGCAGGAUAAAAUGACUAUAGCUGAAAAUAUUAUGCCAAGUGCUCCAAGUUUCAAGCCAGCUUGUAUUUCUAUUACCUCUGGUAACCAAGAAAUGGUUUCACCUAAUUCUUAUCAAUCAUCAAAUUAUAAAAGUGAUACAGGCGAAUUAUUUAUCUCGUCUCAGUAUGCAAAACAGCCAAAAGGCACUAUGUUGAGAUUGAGGGAUGGGAGAGUACUCACGGUCGUCUAA